AAUCUUAAAACAAAAGCGCCGUAACGGGGAACCUUGCCCCUACGCCCUGCUUAGAAUUUGUAUGGCGCUGUACUCCGCAAUUCGCAGAGCUUCUAAGUCCACAAUUCCUCUUGCACUUCGCUCCGUUGCUACUGCCACCGCUUCCACCGUCGGAAAUGGCCACUGCGGCGGCGCUUCUAGAAGCUUCUCGAUUCUGGUGCUUCAUUACUCCACCAGCGCAGUCAAGAAGAAGAGAAAACACAGCUCCUUUGAUAAUGUUCUACUUCAAAUCGUCGAUUCGGAAAUUAAAUUUACCAUAGAUUCUGAAUUUCACGACUGCGUUGUGGACAUCCCGGAUGACUUUCCUUUUAAGGUUCAAGAUAAAGCAGGAAAAAGAGUUAUUGUUCUUACGAGAGAUUAUGGUGAAGAGACCAUAAAUAUAGUAGUGGACAUGCCUAAUUCCAGAUGUGAAAAUGUUGAAGGUGAUGCAGUUAACAGUGAGGAAGAGAGUGAGCCACAACCUAGUAUUCCAUUGUCUGUCACCGUGUCAAAAGAAAAUGGCUUGUCACUAGAGUUUGAUGUGAGAGCUUUUCCAAAUAAAAUUUCAAUUUGUGGCAUGUCCAUCAAGGAGCCAAAAAGUUCGAGCAAUCAGCUAGACUAUAGAGGGCCUGCUUUCUCAUUUCUAAAUGAAAGUCUUCAGAAGUCUGUCUAUCAAUAUCUUGAAGCCAGAGGUCUGACGGGCAGCACUGCUAACUUUAUGCUGGAGUAUGUAAUUAGCAAAGACACCAAGGAAUAUAUCCGGUGGCUUAAAAACAUCAAGAAUUUUGUCGAGAACUAGCAUCCUUUUUCAUGGAUCUGUGGAGCCUAGUCUCCAGUUGAUGGUGUUCUUACUGAAGAAACAUUUAGCUAACGUAACGAUAGACGAUGAUGGAUGGAACGCCAAAUUUGGUAAGAAAUAGCAAUAGUUAUAACCACAUCAAACUUCUUCUAUAAAUUAGAGCAUUUUUGUGAUUUUGUUCAGUGGAUUAGAUUUUUUUUCUCAGGCAAUUCGUGUACCCUUCAGACGAAAGAUGAAAAUAAUAAUGUUAUUGCAUGAAUUGGGCAACUUUCUUAAGUUGCUGCA